CUGCCUCUGGGCUGUCCCCGGGGAAGGGCCGCCACCCAGCCCCGAGCCCGCCCCAAAGGCACGCCCCUUCCGCAUUUUAUAGGGAUUGCUGGGCGCUGGGGGUUUCCUUCCAGACCAGCACCCCGCCUGGAGUCCCGGCCUCUGCCCAGCAGCCUGCACCAUGGAUCCACUGAGCAGAGCCAACUUCCUCUUCGCCUUGGACCUGUUCCGCGCCCUGGAUAAGGACAACGCAACAGGAAACAUCUUCGUCUCCCCCUUCAGCGUCUCGUCGGCCAUGAGCAUGGUCUUUCUGGGGACCAGAGGGAACACUUCCGCCCAGCUCUCCAAGGCUUUUCACUUCGAUACCAUUGAGGACCUUCAUUCAAGAUUCCAGAGCCUGAGUGCUGAAAUGAACAAACCCGGAGCCUCCCACAUUCUGAAACUUGCUAAUAGAUUGUAUGGAGAGAAAACUUACAAUUUCCAACCCGAAUUCUUGGCCUCAACGCAGAAACUGUACAGCGCUGACUUGGCCGUCGUGGACUUUCAGAAUGCCUCUGAGGACGCGAGGAACGCGAUAAACCAGUGGGUCAAAGGCCAGACAGAAGGGAAAAUUCCAGAACUCUUGGCUGCAGGUGUGGUUGAUCACAUGACCAAACUAGUUCUAGUGAAUGCCAUCUACUUCAAGGGAAAAUGGCAAGAGAAAUUCAAUAAGAAGGACACUGCUGAUGCACCAUUCAGACUGAACAAGAAAGACACAAAAACAGUGAAGAUGAUGUAUCAGAAAAAUAAGUUUCCAUUCGGAUACAUCAAGGACCUAAAGUGCCAGGUGCUGGAGAUGCCUUACCAGGGCGGGGAGCUCAGCAUGAUCUUUCUGCUGCCUGAAGAUAUUGAAGACGAGUCUACAGGUCUUAAGAUGCUCGAAGAGCAGUUAACUUUGGAAAAACUGCGUGAGUGGACCAAACCCGAGAACUUGGAACCCGUUGAUGUCCAUGUCAGACUGCCCAGGUUCGAACUGGAAGAGAGCUACAUCCUGAACCCCGCCCUCGCCCGCCUGGGGGUGCGGGAUCUCUUUGACAGUAGCAAGGCCGACCUGUCUGGCAUGUCAGGAGCCAGAGAUCUUUUCAUAUCAAAAGUUGUCCACAAGGCCUUUCUGGAAGUGAACGAGGAGGGGACAGAGGCGGCUGCUGCCACUGCAGGCAUCGCCACCUUCUGCAUGUUGCUGCCUGAGCAACACUUCGUUGCGGACCACCCAUUCCUUUUCUUCAUCAGGCACAACUGCACAGCUAACAUACUUUUCCUUGGAAGAGUUUCUUCCCCAUAGAAGAAAGAAUCUGGAAAUACACAGCUGAGCUUAGAGCUCUAUUCCUUGAGAUUUUAAUGGUGAUAACUUUCAAUAUUCUUGCCAAUAAAGCCACUAUCCAGAAAC